UUCUUGUUAAAUACUACCAAAGAAAUCAAGAAAAAUGGUUCUUACAGAUGCUCAGAUUCUUGAGCUUAAGGCUGACAUGGGUCGUAUCGAAGAAGUAAUAGCGAAACCUGAAAAUAAGGAUAAGGAUUGGCGUGAAAACAAAGAAGUCAACGACAUUGUCACUGAAAUUAUUGCAAGGUUUGGUUCUGUAGAGAAAGAGGCUGCGAUUCUCACGAAGUUUAAGGAUGAGAUAGAUCGUGUAAACGAAGGAAAAACAGACGAUGUUGAACUUUUGAUUUGAGCCAGAGAAUGCACAAAGCUUUUGAGGAGAUAAAGGCUUCCUCUUCUAAAUAAAGGAAUAAGCAAGCUCCAUGGGAUGACAAAG